AUGACUUACCAAAAGAUUCUUCUCCUCGGAUCUACCGGAAGCCUCGGCACCAAGGUUCUCGAGGCUCUUAUUGCCAACGGUAGCUUUGAGGUUGCUGUGCUUCUUCGCAAAGCCCUCCCGGAGACCCCAUCGGGUGUCAAGGCGACCGUGGUGGAUUUCGACUCUGCCGAUGCCUUAACCGCCUCCAUGAGGGGACAAGACGUCGUCAUCGAUGCAACUGCGGCAGCGGACCCCCAGGUAUCCAUACGCCUGAUGGAUGCCGCGGCCAGCGCCGGCGUCAAGCGCUUCAUCCCCUCCGAGUUCGGCAUCGACCACACAAAUCGCAAAGUACGGUCGCUGCCGGUGUUCCAAGGAAAGGACGCCGCAAUGCAUCAUCUUCAGAAGCUUGCGGGCGAUGGCAGGCUCUCCUUCACAGCGAUCUCGAACUUCGCCUUCUUGGACUGGGGUCUCUGGACGGGCUUCUUGAACAUCGAUUUGGCGAACAAAAAAGUGGACCUGAUGAACGACGGCAGCGUCCCGAUGUAUUGCACCGUCCUUUCCUCUGUGGCAACCGCAGUUGUCACCUCCAUCCUCAAGUCGGAAGAGACCAAGAACCGCGUCUGUUACAUCUACAACAUCCACAAGAGCCAGGCGGAGAUAGCGGCUUUGGCGCAGGAAGCCUUGGGUGCUGAGGGUUGGCAGACGACGAGCACGGAUAUGCACAAGGCUUUCGAGAAUGCUCGCGCGGAGUGGUCUGCCGGCCACAUCUCUCCCCAAGUCGCCGGCGACAUAAUUCGCUACGCGGCCUCGACUCCAGGCUUUGUCGAGAAACUCGAGCACGAUGACAACGAUCUUCUCAACGUCAGUCCUCUGACCGACGAAGAGGUGAAGCAGAUCAUCAAGGAAGUCUAUCUGCAGGUCAAGGCGACCUGA